AUGACCCACAUCGAAGAACUCCCCACGAACGAAACCCAACCCCCAAGCCACACCCCUUCCUACGAGAAGAAUGCCGACGUCGAAGCCCACACCGACCAACCCCAAAUGACCUUCGCCCGCAUGAUGAGCCUCAUCGCCAUGGCGUUCCUCUGGACCGGCUCCCAAAUCCCCGUCUACCUCUUCGGCGGAGUCCCUCCGUACAUCUACGGAGAUAUCGGCGGCACGGAUCGCUGGGUGUGGUUCGUGUUGGCGAAUCUCUUGUCGUUGGCGGCGGUGUGUCCUUUCGUCGGGUCCAUCAGUGAUCUGAUAGGAAGGCGCUGGGUCGCGUUGAUCGGGGCGGGAUUCCUGGUGCUGGGCAUGAUUGUGUGUUCGACUGUGCAUGAUAUGAAUUAUUUCAUCUGCGGGAUGGUGUUCGCUGGGGUUGGGGCGGGUAUCAACGAACUCACCGCCCUCGCCGCAACCUCAGAACUCGCACCCACGAGCAAGCGCGGCGCGUACGUAGCCGUCUUGAUCUUCACCAUCGUACCCUUCGUCCCGAGUGUGAUGUACGGCCAGCUGAUCGCGUACUACUCCUCCUGGCGAUGGCUGGGUCUGAUCUGCGGCAUCUGGGCUUUCCUGGGACUCCUCAUGAUCGCCUUCUUCUACUUCCCUCCGCCUCGUGUCAAUAGCGAGGGGAUGUCCAGACGGCAGGUCCUUGGCCAGAUCGACUAUAUCGGUGGACUGCUGAGUAUUGGCGGCAUGCUUCUUUUCAUGAUGGGCCUUCAAUGGGGCGGCUACCAAUACGACUGGGAUAGCGCCCACGUCCUCGCCCCCUUAAUUCUCGGCGCCGCCAUGCUGGUCGCAUUUGUGAUCUGGGAAGGCUACGCACCAUACCCCAUGUUCCCUUGCCGUCUUCGACAAGAGCCACGGACGAUUGGCCUCUUGCUAGUCAUAACUGCAAUUAGUGGAGCGAAUUUCUUCUCCAUCUUGAUGUUCUGGCCCACGCAAGCCUUCAAUGUAUACGGACACGAUCCCGUUGGUGUGGGACUUCGCGGUUUCCCGGUUGGAUUCGGCAUCAUGGGCGGGGCGGUUAUCGUUCUAGUAUUGCUUUCCGUCUUCCGUGGACAUAACAAGGAACUCAUGAUUGUUUCUUCUGUGUUGAUGACUGCAGGGUGUGGCUCUCUUGCCGUCGCCAAAGUCGAUAAUAUGGGUACGCUCUGGGGACUGCUGACGCUGGCUGGUCUGGGCAUUGGCGGGAUCGUGGUUCCUGCGUCGAUUAUCACAACCAUCAUCUGCCCAGACGACCUCAUCGCAACCGUCGCCGCCCUCACACUAGCAAUCCGCGUAAUAGGCGGGAGCAUAGGCUACUGUGUCUACUACAACGUCUUUGUAUCAAAAUUCGUCCCAAAAGCCACGCUGAACAUCACCAACGAAACCAUCAUCGGCGAAGCCAUCAAGCUCACCGCCGAUUCCCUGAUCGAUCGCAUUGCGGAUCUGCCGGGUGUCGUCGGCGUCCCUGGCGCUCAUGAGGGGAUCGUGUAUGCCGGGCAGGUUGCGUAUGCUGAGGCGUAUGUUUAUGUGUAUCUUGUCAGCAUUGCGUUCGGGUCUAUCAGCAUCAUCGCCGCUUGUUUCCUGGGUGAUAUUUCGAAGUACAUGGACGAUCAUGUGGCUGUUGUGAUGUGA